UUCCAUUAUGAAAUUAUUUGUGAUUUAUUGUUUUGUAUCCUCUAUGAUAUCAUUUUAUACUGCUGUUCCCAUUUUUGAUCAAGGAAUUAGUCAAAUUGUUCCAAGUGCUGGUUCUGGCAGUUGUGGCACUACUACUGCAAGCAGUGCCGGAUUUGUAUCAGGUGUCGUGGUACCAGCAGGCGCAAGUGUUAAUAGCCAAAGUAGUUGUCAUUGUUCAGAUGGAAUAGUUGGUGAUUGUAGCUGUGGCAGUAGUGGUUGUGGAUGUGGAACGGGAUUUAAUGGUGCCGAGAGCAGAAACAGAAAAAGUACAGAUUGUAGCUGCCAAGGUAGUUGUUAUUGUUCAGGUAAAAUAACUGAUGAAUGUGACUGUAAAGGUGGUGGAAGCAAAGAUUGCAGUUGCCAAGGUAGUUGUCAUUGUUCAGGUAAAAUAACUGAUGAAUGUGACUGUAAAGGUGGUGGAAGCAAAGAUUGCAGUUGCCAAGGUAGUUGUCAUUGUUCAGGUAAAAUAACUGAUGAAUGUGACUGUAAAGGUGGUGGAAGCAAAGAUUGCAGUUGCCAAGGUAGUUGUCAUUGUUCAGGUAAAAUAACUGAUGAAUGUGACUGUAAAGGUGGAGGAAGCAAAGAUUGCAGUUGCCAAGGUAGUUGUCAUUGUUCAGGUAAAAUAACUGAUGAAUGUGACUGUAAAGGUGGUGGAAGCAAAGAUUGCAGUUGCCAAGGUAGUUGUAAUUGUUCAGGUAAAAUAACUGAUGAAUGUGACUGUAAAGGUGGUGGAAGCAAAGAUUGCAGUUGCAAAGGUAGUUGUAAUUGUUCAGGUAAAAUAACUGAUGAAUGUGACUGUAAAGGUGGUGGAAGCAAAGAUUGCAGUUGCCAAGGUAGUUGUCAUUGUUCGGGCAGAAUAUCUGAUGAAUGUGACUGUAAAAGUAGUGGUGUCGGAUAUAUAGCAUGAAAUGAAUAAACUGUUGUAAUUGUACUAGUACAACUAUAAACUAGUACUAGUUUAAAUUCUGUGUUGUAAAUUCAUUUUUUUAAAGUGAAAAUUAUACAUUGAGCUGUAAAAAAUUGACAGAUCACGUACUUAUACGUCAUCAACAGAGA